GGUGGAAGGACGCAGAGCCCAGCGAUUUCCAGUGCCUGAGUGCCUGUUGGGUUUUUACCAGAAGGAAAGUUCACGGCGCACGAUUACUUACGCUGUCGACGUAGGUCCAGUACAAUGGUUCAGUAGAAGAGCCAAGACUGGGUGGCGAGGGAGCCGGGCUACGGCAGGAUGAACAGCGAGGAAGAAUUCUUUGAUGCUGUCACAGGCUUCGAUUCUGAGAGCUCUUCCGGGGGAUUUUCAGAGGCAAGUCAGAGAGUCGCUGCGGUGAUGUGUGUGGACUCCGGCAGAAGUAACGGGGUCGGAAAGGCCGGGGAGAGGCCCCCUCGAGAAAAUGGAAUUCAGAAGCACAGGACGUCAUUGCCUGCCCCGAUGUUUACCAGAAGUGACUUCAGCGUGUGGAGUAUAUUAAAGAAAUGCAUCGGCCUGGAGCUGUCCAAGAUCACCAUGCCCAUCGCCUUCAACGAGCCUCUGAGUUUCCUCCAGCGGAUCACGGAGUACAUGGAGCACGUGGACCUCAUUCACAGAGCCUCCUGCCAGCCCCAGGCCCUGGAAAGGAUGCAGUGCGUUGCUGCCUUUGCGGUGUCGGCGGUGGCUUCCCAGUGGGAGAGGACCGGCAAGCCCUUCAACCCGCUCCUGGGAGAGACGUACGAGCUGAUCAGGGAGGAUUUAGGGUUCAGAUUUAUAUCCGAGCAGGUGAGCCACCACCCCCCGAUCAGUGCAUUUUAUUCAGAGGGCCUCCACCAGGACUUCUUGUUUCACGGCUCCAUCUACCCGAAGCUGAAGUUCUGGGGCAAGAGCGUGGAGGCCGAGCCCCGGGGCACCAUCACGCUGGAGCUGCUCAAACACGAUGAGGCUUACACCUGGACCAACCCUACCUGCUGUGUGCACAACGUGAUUAUCGGGAAGCUCUGGAUAGAGCAGUACGGGACGGUGGAGAUUGUAAACCACAGAACUGGAGAUAAGUGUGUGCUUCAUUUUAAACCAUGUGGACUGUUUGGAAAAGAACUUCACAAAGUGGAGGGGCACAUCCAGGACAAAAACAAAAAGAAGCUCUUUAUGAUCUAUGGAAAAUGGACAGAGUGUUUGUGGGGAAUAGACCCUGCUGCGUACGAGUCCUUCAAGAAGCAGGAGAGGAGAGGCGACCACCUGAGCAAACCACAGCCGGCGACAGCUCCCAAAGCUGACCCGGCGUGGCGGAUCACCGUGCCAGGAGUUCAGGAGACUGUGCAGGUCAUUCCAGGCAGCAAGCUACUCUGGAGGCGUGGUGACGGGUCUCCGCGCCUCUCCCCCCAGAUGUACAAUUUUACCAGCUUCACCGUCAGUCUCAACGAGCUACAGAGCGGCAUGGAGAAGACCCUGGCUCCCACGGACUGCCGCCUGCGCCCCGACAUCCGCGGCAUGGAGAACGGCGACAUGGAUCUGGCGAGCCAGGAGAAGGAGCGGCUGGAAGAGAAGCAGCGGGAGGCCCGGAGGGAACGGGCCAAGCAGGAGGCCGAGUGGCAGACCAGCUCGCGGAGCCAGUCGGCAGCAGUCACCCCGUCCUCCACCACCUCUUCUACCCGAGCCACCCCCGCCCCUUCCGCUCCAGCAGCUGCCUCGGUGACCAGCCCCAGCCCCGCACCCAGUUCAGGUAAUGGAACCAGCACGGCAGCCAGCCCAACCCAGCCCAUCCAGCUGAGCGACCUUCAGAGCAUUCUAGCUACUAUGAACGUGCCGGCAGGGCCAGGAGGCGGCCAGCAAGUUGACCUGGCCAGUGUUCUGACGCCCGAGAUCAUGGCCCCUAUCCUCGCCAACGCGGACGUCCAGGAGCGCCUCUUGCCCUACCUGCCCUCUGGGGAGUCACUGCCACAGACGGCAGAGGAGAUCCAGAACACGCUGACCUCGCCCCAGUUCCAGCAGGCCCUGGGCAUGUUCAGUGCAGCCCUGGCCUCUGGGCAGCUGGGCCCCCUCAUGUGCCAGUUUGGCCUGCCUGCAGAGGCCGUGGAGGCGGCCAACAAAGGCGAUGUGGAAGCAUUUGCCAAAGCCAUGCAGAACAGUGCCAGAUCCGAGCAGGAGGGCGACGGGAAGGACAAGAAGGACGAAGAGGAGGACAUGAGCUUAGAUUAAUCAUCCGCUGUCCCCAAGGGGUCGGGAUUCGCGGCCGGCGGCCUCUGCGAUGGCGCCUGUGGCGCCGAGCGCGCCCUCACCUCCGUUCCGCUUGCUGAGAAAUAAAGGU